AUGACCCGACUCGAAUGUUUAUGGUCGAGAGUGGUCUCGAUCAAAGCACCGCACCCUCAUACGAUUCAUGCCCUGUCUGCUCGUGGCUCGUUUUGCCGGUCAACCAUCGGAUCAGGCAGUCCAGGAACGUGGAAACCGAUCUCCAGUCUCAGGGCCCAACUCUCGCUCUACUCCACCGCCACCCCGCCACCCUCGUCUCACUCCGCCGGCUCACUCGAAGAGCUUCUCAACCCAAAACCAUACUCGGAGCUGAUCGCCCAAACUCAGGCCAGCUCACAGCACUCGGCACAGCUCAUCCAACGGCUCGACCAACUCUUCAGCCUUAGCCAUCAGCAACUCAGCACCCCACAGCAACUGGCGCUUGUCGGCCUCCUCACCGACCACCGGCUAUGGUCUGCGUACCUCCAUGCACUCAUCCAGCAGUCGGACCAGCCUAUCGGCCAACUCACCCAGACCAUCCAGCUCAAGUCUCAACGACGUCAAGCCAUCCUCGAUCAACUCAGCCCCUGCACCCCUUCCUCAUCGCCCCCUCAGCCCAACGCCCCACCAAUCCAGUCGGACCAGAAUACCCAGAGCAGCACCAACACAACACCAACGACCGCCACCCCUGACAGCAAACCGCACUCGAUCGCGGCCUUCCUGGCUUCCUUCAAGCUCAAUCCUGCCACUCUGAUCUCGGCUCUCUUCAACCGCGCCGGCACCAAAGCUACCAUCCAGAACAUCAAGGACUCCGAGCUUCAUGCUGCCAAUCGGGACGCUAUUGCUGCCUCCCAGCCUCGUUCCCAGUCAUCGUCCCUCGAUUCACAGCUGUUCCCUAAUCUGAAAUCGGACACUCGUGCUAAUUCGGAAAAUGUCGGAACCAUCAAGGUGGUUGUGGAGGAACUUAGGGGGAACCCUAUUCUGCGAGCCCUGCGCUUCCUUGCAGUCACCUUGGUCUAUUCAUUUAUCAUGUUGACUUUGCUCAGUUUGGUGAUGGACUCGUCUGGAUUGCUGAAAGCGACCUCCCCGACUGGCGGACCCACAGAAUUCAAGCCACAAGGCCAAAAACCAGUCACAUUUGGUGAUGUACAUGGCUGUGACGAAGCUAAGGAAGAGCUGAAAGAGGUCGUCGAUUUCUUGAAAGAUCCUCUGAGAUUUGCGAGAUUGGGUGGACGUUUACCACGAGGUGUCUUGUUGACCGGUCCUCCCGGAACUGGGAAAACGUUACUAGCUCGAGCUGUUGCGGGUGAAGCCGGAGUGCAAUUUUUCAUUGCAUCUGGGUCGGAGUUUGACGAGAUGUAUGUUGGUGUUGGAGCUCGUCGGAUUCGAGAGCUCUUUGCUGCGGCCCGAAAGGCAGCUCCCGCGAUUAUCUUCAUUGAUGAGCUGGACGCUAUCGGUGGCAAACGAUCACCGAAGGAUCAGCAUUACAUGAAACAGACCCUCAAUCAGCUUUUGGUUGAACUCGAUGGCUUUCAACAGAGUGAAGGUGUUAUCUUGAUGGCAGCCACCAAUUUUCCAGCUUCCCUCGACAAGGCUCUCACACGUCCCGGAAGGUUUGAUCGACACGUUGCAGUACCGUUACCUGAUGCUAGAGGGAGGAUUCAGAUUUUGAAGCAUCACUCUAAGAACGUGACCGUUGACCCAGCCCUUGACCUUACUGUUGUCGCCAGGUCCACGCCUGGCUUUUCUGGAGCCGAUUUGCAAAACUUAGUCAAUCAGGCCGCUGUCAAAGCCUCGCGAGAAGGUGCCCAGUCGGUUCGGGCCCUUGACUUUGAUUGGGCUCGUGAUCGGAUCAUGAUGGGAGCUGAAAACAAGAGCUACAUCACCACUGCUGAUCAAAAGAAAUUAACGGCCUACCACGAAGCUGGACAUGCGUUGGUCAGCAUGUAUACUCCUGGUGCCACUCCGCUACACAAAGUCACAUGUCUUCGCAGAGGGCACGCACUUGGAAUUACACAUUUCUUGCCGGAAAUCGAUAAAGUCACGGAAAGCUACAAGGAGUGUUUAGCAAGACUUGAUGUCGGUAUGGGGGGUCGUGCAGCCGAAGAGAUUUUGAUGGGAAAAGAAAACGUGACGUCGGGUGCAUCGUCGGAUAUCGAUAAUGUGACCUUGGUAGCCACGGCGAUGAUCCGAGAGAUGGGAUUCUCGACCAGGUUAGGCCCCCGUGCGUACCGAACCGAUGACCAGUUGGCGCCGAACACCCUAGCGUCGAUCGACGGUGAGAUCCAGGAGAUGGUUGAGGCCGCCGCUUCGAGAGCCCUCAACCUCUUGCAAUCCAAACGGGAUGAAUUGGAUCGGUUGGCUUUGGCUUUGAUCGAAUACGAAACCCUUUCGGCUGAAGAAGCUUGGAAAGUGGUGAAAGGUCAUAAGCUUGAACGAAAUACUGUUUGA